CGGAGAAUCUUACGUCGCAACCUGCCAACUCCUGAGACAGGCAUAGGAAUUCUUGUUUCGUUUUCUGUUAUACCAUACGUCCAACAUGCUAUAGCCGUCGCAGAAUAUACAUCUGGUCGAUGGCAGCAUUUCCGUUUCAUGAUAUGUUUCCAUAGUCGUCCUUCACACCCUCAAAUAUGGGGCCCAUCGAGUUCAACAAGCGGCGCAUCUUUAUAUUGGUCGCAGCCGUUAUAGCCUUUUAUAUUGUGUUCCACGGUCUCACCCUCUCGGGCGAGACCAUUAGGGAUGUCUCGGCUCGUAUCCCUCUACCGGACAGCCUGCGACCCAGCAAGCCCGAGCAACCUCUAGUUGCUGACCCGGACGACAUAUGGGACUUGGGUCCUCCUCCCCCUGCACCUGCACCGGAAUCUCCUACUGACGCUUCAACCCUGCCUCCUCCCGAAUCGCAUCCUGUCGAGCAUUUCGACUUGCAUCCAAUCAACCGGCUGAUGCAAGAGGCGGACGACACAUGGAGGUUAUAUGAAACAAGCAUAUCGACGUCGUUCAGACAGACAGUGGAAAAAUACAGAAGCAAAUAUGGAAGACAUCCUCCUCCAGCGUUCAAGGAAUGGUACCAGUUCGCGCGCAAACGGAAUGUCUUCAACAUUGACGAUUUCGAGCAAAUCAUGGACGACCUUCGACCGUUCUGGGCCAUCAACGCAUCCGAGAUCCGCACCCGUGCUGCGCAUAUGUGGGAGGACGAGGCGUUCGGCGCCGCCGUGAUUCAUAUCCGAGACCACAAGGUCGUCCGCACAGAUAACCCAAGCUGGAGGUCUGACACUAUGGUAGAGGUCAUCAACAAAUUCAUCGAGUUUUUGCCCGACAUGGAUAUCGCUAUGAACAGGUUAGACCAACCAAGGGUGGUCGUUCCAUGGGAAGAUAUGCAGGAAAUGCUGCAGAAGGAGUAUGAAACCCGUGCCAUGCCUCCGGAAGUCAUGGACAACUUUACGACUAAUCAGCCAGAACUCCUGAAUAUGAGCAUUGAGGACAGAGCAAACGACACCUCAACAAGACUUGAUGACGGAUGGUUCUUCGCGCCAGGGCGGCAGUACAUGGACAUUGCCUCGAAGGCAUGUCCGCCGGAGUCGCCCGCUCGGUCGAACAUGUCCAUUGCGCAAGCAGAUAAAAUGUACAAAGAAACAGAGGCAGGGAUUGUCAGCAACUUCAACCUCUCCUCGGAUCUUUGCACCGUUGGACCUGCUAUCCAGAACCUGCACGGCUUGUUGUACACGGCCAGCAGCAUUAUCGCCUCUCACAAACUGAUACCUAUUUUCGGUGAGUGUAAGGUAAACGUCAACAAUGACAUCCUCUUCCCCGCAAAUAUGUACUAUUUACAUGACGACCGGUACGACUAUAAUCCCGAAGGAGACGUGGACUGGCGAGACAAGGACGACACUAUCAUCUGGCGCGGAGUGACUUCUGGAGGUGUGCAAACCGAGGACAAUUGGCCAACAAUGCACCGUCAAAGGCUCGUCCAGCUUCUCAAUGGCACUCAUCUUUCGAGUACAGACACCAACGUCACAGUCUUGACGGAGAAGCGGGAAGCCUCGUACCAGGAGAACACCACUUACGAGCCAUAUGACCACUUCCACGCUUCGCAAUUCGCCGAGCAGCACAGUGAUGUCGGAUUCGUCGAAGCUUGGGGCUGCGUGCCAAACUGCGGUUUCUACGACCAGGUCUUUUCGUGGAAACCGCAAACGUCAUUGACGGCACAAUUCAAGUCCAAGUACUUGAUUGAUGUGGAUGGACAUUCAUUUUCUGGCAGAUGGCACGCUUUCUUGCAGAGCAAGAGUCUGGGGUUCAAGGCCACCAUCUUUCGUGAGUGGCACGACAGCCGUCUUCUCGCAUGGCGACACUUUGUUCCAGUCGACAACCGUUACGACGAUAUUUAUUCACUACUUUCCUACUUCAUGGGCUACGGGCAGCCCAACAUGGAACAUGCACUUGAGUCUGGUGAUCCCAACCCGGAGGUCUAUAUCGCUGCACAUCCGAGAGAGGCGCAGAAGCUCGCCCGGCAAGGGCGCGAGUGGUCGAACAAAGUCCUGAGACGGGAGGACAUCGAAGUGUACAUGUUUCGGCUUCUUUUGGAAUAUGGCCGCCUUAUUGACGAUAAUCGAGAUCACAUUGGCUAUUCGGGCGAUGGAAGUGAAUUGGAUAAAUUCGAUGCCGGCGAUAAGAGCACCGGCAGAUGGGGCAUUGGUGGUUGGAAAGAUUGAACGAUUCUCGUGCUCGACUUCGCCCAGCACGGCUCCUGCACAGCAGUGCAUGGACUGUGCCGGGAGUCUUACGUGCGACACCUUACCAUAAAGUCCCAGGAUUUGAGACAAAAGUGGUCAAGAAUUCCUUAGGCUGCCAACUUUCAAGGCGGGCUCAUUUCUCUGUUGGCAAUGUUGUUGCGCAGACAACUGAAACCACGACCAAACCUGUUGAGUGAACACGGUAGUCGGGCUUAUUUGGUGCCUCAGCCUGACGGUACAAACUUAUGAGAGGCGACAUUCUUCU